CAUGUUGGUCAAUUUCAGCCAAGGCUUUGCGGAGAUCAGGCCUUCUAGAUGCUCAACUACAUCGUAAUGCGCCCUGGCCAUCUGAACAGAGGCAGGGACCUCCUUGGCCGCCUUGACAGGGACGUCCACCGGCACCUUGACAAGAGGGCGCCUGGACUGAAAGUAGGGAGGAAUCACCUGGCAAGUGUGCGGUCUUGGAUUUCUUCCCCUGACCGCGCAAAGUACCACCUGCCCUCUUCCAAGAUGCGGCGGAAGAAGGGGAAGGAGGAGUGCUCACCCCGGCAGUUUCCCGAGGCGUGGAGGUGGAGGAUGGAGUCGAGGCAGAUGAGGCGCGGCGCUCUGAGUGCGGCGAGCCAUGUCAUGCCGCCUCGCCUGCUGAACCGGCUGGUAAAGAGGAGGCGCUUGCGGUCGUUUCACACCGCACCCUGUUGGGUUGCACCCUCUUCGGCCGAGGCGCCUGGUCGGUAGGAGCGGGGCGGCCAGCAUUCACGUUCCGGAGAAGGUCGAGCUUCAACCUUAUUAGGUUGGUCACCGAGGUGAAAUCGGUCCCUACAACAUAUAAAAGAACAAAAGCGCAUGAGAACAACAAACCACAACAUCAGUGAGACGCACAGGUAACAAAAAGGCGCAUAGCUACCAUCGCCAUAGAAUUCGGCGAGAACGCGAGCGUAUUCUUCUCCUGACUCGAGGUCAAUAAGCUGAGCGUAUUUUGAGAGUUUGCCUGUGGAGCAAUUAUCUGGUUUGUGGCGUUUGAGAUCAGUGGAUAUCAGUGAUUGCACAAACUUGAUUGGUUGGUCUGGUCUAAGAGAACUAGCGCCAGAAGUACACAUACUGAUGUGAAAUUGGGGAGCUAGAUUGUCUGUCAAUUAUUUUUGCAGUGGGUGAAUUUCUUCUCAGGUGAAUCUCUUUGGUGUGGGUAUAGGCUGAUGAGGAUCUGGUGGAAUGCGGAAUGUCUUAGAAUGUGAUUAAGAGAGUAAUUUGGUCAUUCUCAUCGUAUGGUUGCAGAGGAUUAUUGGAUUUUGUUAGAAUGUGAUUUAUUAGGGGCAAUAAAUCACCUUAACAGAU